AGCAGCAGCCCCAUCAGAUAUUUCCUCUUUAGCAGAUAUACUGUUUUAAAGAUGAGCAAACCAGUCUACUUUACCAGAGCUAAAGAGGAGGAAAAUCUCUGGAUAGAAAGAAAGAGAGAAGACAAGCAAACACUUUCUGGGGAGGAGGCCAGAGACUUCUACCAAACCCUGCUACAAGAGAGAGAUGGAGAAAGGCCAAAAGAGGGAGAAGCAGCAACCAUAAGGAGAGUGAGAAGAAGAGCAGGACCCAGUCGAAGAAGAAGAGACGCACAAAGACAAGACACUUCUUAUGUCCAACCGGUCAGCACCUCAGAGCGUGAUGGACACAAACUUCUCCGAUAUGCCCAGGAGGGCAACAUUCGGGACUUGAAAGACCUCUUGCGGUGUGGCUAUGAUGUCAACUUCCGUGAUGAUUUUUACUGGACGGGUGUGAUGUGUGCAAGUAAGGCAGGAAAAACAGAGGCUGUUCGGUUGCUUCUUCAACACGGCGCUGCUUGGGUGGGAGUGGUGGACAAACAGGGCAGAGAUGCUCGGGAUCUGGCCCUGCAGGCGGGUCAUCAGGAUGUAGUGAGAGAACUGGAGCAGUUUAGCGUGUCAGAGACUACAAACACACCUACUACAAACAAUGCAGACAGUGUUCAUUCUCAGUGGUGCAAUGUGUGUGCUGUGCAUUACACAGACAACACUGAAGCACACAACAGGUCCACAAUGCAUCAGUUCAGUGAGCUCCGCCCCCCAGCCACCCCUCAAUACUGCCUGCCCUCUUCCAGCACUAGCUAUAAAAUGAUGCUCCGCUUGGGGUGGGACCCCUCCUCUGGUCUUGGACCUGUCCACUCCGGCCGCAAAAAUCCAGUAAGCACAGUACUAAAGAGAGAUCAGGCGGGACUGGGAUAUGGUGUGACCUCACAGCCUAAAGUCACUCACUUCAAGGCCAAAGAUCCUCAGGCAGUGCAACACAAACAUAAAGAAAAAAGACUUAGACAAGAGAGAGAAACAACCCUCAGUGCCAAACAACUUGAGAGGAAAGAAGAGAGAGAAAAGAGAUGGGAGAGAGACUACCGUUCUUCAUUUAACUUUGACUUCUGAACUACCAUGGCUCUUGUGCGGGAUUUCGUAACACAAACCUUUUUAUUUUUCAGUGAAAUUCAGUGGUAUUUUUACUUUUCUGCUGUAACUGACACUUGAUCUGUUGAACAAACUGUAGCUUUGGCAGUAACAAAUUUUAUUCAGCCUACAUGGAACACUAGAAAUGGAAAAAGAGUAGAAAUGUGUACAGAGGAAAAAACAGUUGUCUGACAAUAAACAGGUACUGGAUGACACUUUAUUUAAAAAAAAGUGUUGUCAACAAAUUACAAUUACAUAAUUAGAUUAGAAAACAUGAAUAAACGUGCAUUGUUUUUUUUGUAUUUAAUGUAAUCAAUCUCAAAUUUUGAAUUGUCA